CCAGCAAUCCCCAAACACCACGUUACUCAUGACACAAACCACAGCUUUCUAGGGAAAACAUUCCCGUUCUGCGUUUCAGACAAUCACAGACUGGUUUGUGUUAGAUGGGAAUUUAAACUGAAAAUUCCAUGGGCAGGGACACUUUCUGCUAUCCGAGGUUACUCCAAGCCCCAACCCGGACACUUCCAGGGAUAGGGCAGCCACAAAUUCCCUGGAAAACCUGGCCUCCCCACCUUCCCGAGGAAGGAUUCAUUCCCAAUAUCCCACCUAACGCCGUUCCAAACGCCAUCCCCGGAGGGAUGCGCUGUCCCCGCAGCAUCCGCCCCGUCCCGCGGCUCGGAGCCGGCCCCGCCCGCUCCGGCCCCGCCCGGGCGCUUCCUGCGGGAGGAGGAAGCGGCUGCGGGGCCAUGGAGCUGCCUCCGAGCCACUUCCCGGCCGCCCGGGCCGCGGCCGUGGCCGUGGGGUACCUGCGGUACCUGCGGGGCGGCCCCGGGCGGCGGCUGGAGCUGCGGGAGCUGCGCCGCGCCCGGCGCCAGGACAUUGAUGAUGUUGGGCACAAGUAUUACCUGGAAAUGGAGCUGGAAGAUGUCCUGGACAACGACAGGACUGUGAGCUGCACUGCUGAGGUUCUCUAUCACCUGGGCAGCAAAACCUCUGCUCCAGAUGUGCAGGUCACAGUGCAAGGAGAGCUCAGGAGCACAGAGGAAGCAGAUAAGGAGUUCUACAAUUGGAUCAGGAGCCUGGAAAAGGAGCUUGUGGCUGAGAACAUCCCAGACAGCCAUGGGAACAUUCCCCCAGAGCUGGAGCCCAUCCACCUGCUGGCCUGGGUGGCCUCUGGCUACGUGAUCUGGCAGAAUUCCACUGAAAACACCAAGCUCCACCUUGCCCAAGUUAAACACGUGAAGCAAGUGAAAAGAAGUGAUGAAGAUCUUCAGUUUGACUAUGUGGUUCUACUCCACGAAAUGGUGUCCCAGGAGGUGCUGCCCUGGGAGGUGAGCGUGCUGUGGCACCCCCAGCGCGGGGCCCGCGUGCGGCGCUGCCACGGCCCCGGAGCAGCCCGGGAGGAGCACACAGGCCACGGCAGCACGGAUCAACCACGGUGCCAGACGUGAAAUGACCCCUCCCUGGCUCUUCCUGAUCCCAGAAUUCCAAAGGAACCGCCUCUGAGUGCAUCAGUGUGACAAUUCCCAGCAGGAAU